AUGAACGACAUUUCUAAAUCUCAAUGGAAAUUUGACAAAAAUCAAUAUGGCAAAUUCACACCAUCUCGUUGCGAUGGAAUUUCUAUGGAAGAAGAAAAUAAAUUGAGGAGUGAUGGUAUUCAAUUUAUUAAAAAUAUUAGCGUUUGGCUUCGCUUGAAACAUCAAACGAUUGCAACUGCGACGACUUAUUUUCAUAGAUUUUUUAUGCGUUGUAGUUUUAAAGAUUAUACACAACAUGACAUUGGGGCCGCUGCUACUUUUUUGGCGACAAAAACUACAGAACAUCCUCGUAUAAUUGAUUAUGUUGCCGUUGCUUGCGCCCGUGUAAUACGACGUGAUAAUAAUUUUUAUGAUGCUGAUGAAUUUACAAAGUGGAUUAAAAUUAUCAUUAAUAAAGAAAAAGUUCUAGCGGAAAAAAUAUGUUUCGAUUUCGAUGUUGAUUUACCACAUAUUCAUGUGGUGGACUUUCUUGAGAAUUCAUCCGAUAUUAUUAUCACUGAAAAGAAAAAAAUUAUUUUAAUAAGAAUGGCAAGCCUAAUAAUUAGUCAAACUUAUAAUCAUCCGUUUUGUCUUUAUUAUACUUCAAAAGAGAUUGCAAGUUCUGUUCUUUAUAUAUCUCAUAAAUAUAUUGGAUUGCCUGUAAAUGAAAACCCGUUAUUAGGUCCAACUUUGUGGGGAAUUAUGGAAAGUGAUGUAUAUGCUGUUCACAAAUGCAUCAAUGAUAUAUUUAAUACUUAUCCUACGCCUCCCAGAUUGAAAAAAGUUGAUAAUGGCUUACGUGAUGAUAAUCCUCUAACUAAUGUUGUAAUUAUAUUCGAUGAUGAUCAUUAUGCAACUGCUACUCUUAGAGAUGAAACAUCUACUUAGGCGAAUGAAAAUUGUAGAGUCGCCUUUUAUUAAUUUCUUUAAUCUAAUUAGUAAUAUAAUUUUUCCUAUAUGGAACGCUUUUAUUAAAAUUAAGUUGUAAACAUUUUAUAUAAAAAAGAUAGUAGGAUAAACCCACUGUAGAAAUAUAAAUUGAAAUGUGCU